UUCGAUGUAAGAGGCAGGCAAUUCGGAAAGGCAAAGUUAUGGUCAUCGCCAGCAGCUUUUGGCGAGCGAGCAUUUUUUCGUACCGCAUCACAUCCUGCACAACUUUUAGUUGAUGAUAUUAAGCUUAGUGAUGAGGGAAUGUACAGAUGUCGCGUAGAUUUUCGCAAUUCGCCAACAAGAAAUUUAAAAAUAAAUUUUACUGUUAUAGUUCCACCUCAAAAACCUGUGAUAUAUGAUGCAAGAAGGAGAGAUCGAACGAAAUUAAUAGAACCGUACAAUGAAGGAAGUGAUGUGACACUAAUAUGCGAAGUCUCAGGAGGUCGUCCCCGUCCCAAUGUGACGUGGUAUUUAGAGAACACAGUAAUCGAUGAAUCGUUUGAGAUACGUAAGGAUGGCAUCACUGUAAAUCAUUUAUCAUAUCCAAAUAUAGGACGUCAGCAUUUGAAUUCACGACUAGUGUGUGUGGCAAGCAAUACGAAUUUGACGCCACCCAACAACAAAGCUGUAAUUUUAGAUGUAAAUUUGAAGCCAAUAGCAGUGCAUAUUACAACGAGGGAGAAAUUUCUCUCAGCCGAGAAGCGCUAUGAUGUUGAAUGCAAAAGUUCCGGUUCACGCCCUGAGGCUGUGCUGACUUGGUGGAAGGGAUCGAGACAAAUUAAAAGAAUGGCUAAAAAUUUUUCCGAGACCGGCAAUCAAACACUCAGUGUUCUAACAUUCAUCCCUGUUGUCGAUGAUGAUGGAAAAUACUUGACGUGUCGCGCUGAAAAUCCAUACAUUCCUGACAGUGCAAUAGAAGACAAAUGGAGGCUUGUUGUACACUACAUGCCGAUUGUCACGCUCAAAAUGGGAUCAUCACUGAAUCCAGAUGACAUAAAAGAGGGCGAUGAUGUCUAUUUCGAGUGCCUCAUACAGUCAAAUCCAAAAUUCUAUAAAUUAUCGUGGUUCCAUGAUGGAGUUGAGCUACAUCACAAUGUCACAGCAGGAAUAAUUUUAUCAGAUCAGUCGCUGGUCUUGCAAAGUGUAACAAAGAGCCUCGCUGGUGAUUAUACAUGUUUGGCUGCAAAUACAGAAGGUCGUGGAACAAGCAAUCCUGUAACAUUAAGAGUUCGAUUUUCCCCAGUUUGUGCCAAUGACAGAGAAGAAUUACUUGGUGCUUUAAAACAUGAGACAUUGCAAUUGAAAUGUGAAGUUGAAGCAUCGCCACCGGCUGAAUCAUUUCAUUGGACAUUCAAUUCAUCAGGUGAACAAACAGAACUGACCUCACAAUUGCAAACAACAGAAUCGGGCUGGUCCCGAUUAAAUUACACUCCAACAUCAGAUCUUGACUAUGGAACCAUAUCAUGCUGGGCUAGAAAUGUUAUAGGACAACAAAAGACACCAUGCGUGUUUCAAAUAGUUGCAGCAGGACGUCCGUUUGCAUUGCAAAAUUGUACAGUGUCAAAUCAAUCGAUAGACUCAAUUCACGUUGAGUGCAUUGAAUCCUUUGAUGGUGGAUUACCACAAAUGUUUUUAUUGGAAAUGGUCGAAAUACCAACAUUGAAAUUAGUCCGAAAUUUGACACUUUUUGUGAGUAUAAAUGUCACAUCCUUUUUUCCUCUUUUUCAUUUAUGGUUCAGCACAUAUGUUUCAAUGAUCAUGUCCAUGAUAUCAACUUGCAAAUAUUUCCUAGAAAGUAAGGCAUUGCAACUUUCUUUUGUGUUGGAUUAUCUCGAGCCAAUUUGAAAUUCAAAGAACCAUUAAAUUCAUUGCUUUGAAUUUCAACAAAAAAUAUUAAUUCAAAUAAUAAUAAAAGAAAUCUGAGUAAGAAAUAGAAAGUAUGCACACAUCGAAAAUAAUUACUCACACAAUUACAAGAAAGAGGAAAAAAUAUUUUCUGUCUCGCUCACACUUUCAUACAUUUCCUCUAUUGCUAUCUCAGUUUCAUACAAAUCUGACUAUACUUCGCAAGAGCAAUCAGAAAUGACUAAUAUAAGGGCAUGACUAAGAUUAGAGCAAAGCAUACUUACCUGGCGUAGGGGUUACAGUGAUCAUUAAGGCUGUUCCCCCAGCAUGAGUCUUUGUCAUUGCACUUCGACGAAGAUGACUGCUGCGAUUACUCAACAUCUGAGUAACUCGUUCGCGCAAUUUUUGGUAGCAGGGACUUGCGUACGCGCUUGUCCCUACAUUAUCUUGAUACGCAAACAAAUAGAAAAGAAAAGUAAAUGAAAAUAGUCGUAUGCAUUUAACGACUCUUUCAAUAAUUG